UUUUCCGUCCCACCGUGUGACGGGAAAUCCGGCACGGGAAGAGCGGGACCAAAAGGUGCUGAGCACGCUUACUCUUCCGCGCGUCUCCAGCGUUUGCCCACGGAACUUUUGAGUGGAGUACAAGGGAGCGCGGGGGAGCGUACCGGAAGGGACUCACCGGGAAGAUUUGGAGAAAGGAAGGGACGAGGAAUGACUAGAAACCAUGGCUGCUGUGGUCGCUGUUUGCAGAGGUCUAGGGAGGAAGAAGUUGACGUACUGGGCAACGGCUGCUAUCUGCCUCACAGAUUCCGGAGCUCACACGGGCGAUUAAAUUUCUCCAAGAAGACGCAGGGAUUUCGUAAACUUGGCAAGACAGGGACAUUUCCAGAGUCACUCAGCAUGCAAUGGAGAAGAGGUUGUUCACAGUAUAAACAAGUAACCAGCAACGAGAACCUGCCUGUUCCAAUGGAAAAUCCUUAUAAGGAACCCCUUAAGAAGUGUAUCUUGUGUGGGAAACGAGUAGAUUAUAAGAAUGUGCAGCUUUUGUCCCAGUUUAUUUCUCCAUAUACUGGAUGCAUUCAUGGGAGGCAUAUAACAGGUCUUUGUGGAAAGAAACAAAAAGAAGUUUCAAAAGCAAUUAAGAGAGCUCAAAUAAUGGGGUUUAUGCCAGUUACAUACAAGGAUCCUGCAUAUCUCAAAGAUCCUAAAGUUUGUAACAUCAAAUAUCGGGAAUAAAUUUCAUAAAGUUAUUAGCAAUAAAAUAACUUUAUAGUAAGUGGUUGUAUGCCAUUAUUGACUCAUACUAACCUGUAGGUAGAAGUGUUUCAAGGCUCAAGUUUUCCCCCACACCAGUGAAUGCUCACUGAACAUAGUGUAUAUUUGCAAUGCUAAUACUCAUUACAUUGUAUAUGCCUUGAAUAAAAGUAGUCCUUUGUGAUUGUCCUA